UUGUGACCCAAACUUUGAAGUCUACAAUUUUCUAAUAAAAUAUUUAUUAUUACUUUAUAACAACUACGUCAUUGUUUGUACCUUAGGAUUAUUCAACAUAAAAUAAUCAGAUGUUCCUGCAACUUGCUAGGAUUGAGUGUGAAUUCAAUUUCAAUAUCCACUAUGCUCCUGCGAGAUAUUUUUCCCAAAAACGAGCACUUCAGAGUAACAAUGUACAGUUGCUCUAUUUUAGGAUUAUGGCCAUUCGUAUUUCCAAAAAAUCCCCUCUAUCAAAAAAUGUACUUUCGUUAUUCCAAAUUUAUUUACAUUUUCACCUGGCUGUUUCUGAGCACUUACGUCGUACAAUUAAUCAAACUGCUUCUCGACGAGGUAAUUUUCGUUGAAGAAAUUAUGAGAAACGUAAGCAUUACGGCAAUACAGUCGCUCAGUCUGAUAAGAGCGUACGCUUUAAAAUCAAAAAGGUCCAAGAAUAUGAUAAACGAGGUGCUUUCUACGGAGAAGCGAAUUUUGGGCUCUCAGAAUUCCGGAGUUAUCGGGAUUUACAACGAAUUCGCGAAGAAAAAUAAUUCUUUUAUAACGAUUUACAUGGCCAGCAUGGUGUUAGACACGUGUUUUUUUGUUAUUUAUCCACUAUGUGCACCUCCGAUAGAAAUAUUUUACCCAACGAGAAACGAAACCGUCACGAAAAGGAUGCUAAUGUUAAGUGCAUGGUUCCCUUUCGACGAGCAGAAACAUUACAUGGCAGCCUAUUUGUUUCAAUUUUCUUGUGGACCCAUUACAGAAUUUUACAUUAUACUCUCAGAUGCUCUGACUAUUGGCCUCGUAAUAUAUGCUAUAGGCCAAUUUAGGAUAUUAAAUGAACUAUUCGCGAAUUUCGAUAAGUAUGCAAUUCAAGUACAAAAUCAAUUAAAAUGUAGCAAAGAGGAGGCUUGCCUUACUGCUUUAAGGGAGUGCACGAUAAUGCACAAGAAAAUGUUAAGCUUCAUCGAUGAUUUUAACGAUGUAAUGGGAAAUAUUAUGGUAUUAGAUUUCUUGCAGAGUUCUUUUCAAUUAGCAUCCAUUGUUCUACAAGUACUCACGACCAAAGUAACACUGAUUAAUUUCUUGUUAGGCUUUCAAUUCGCUUUGAGCAUGGUGAUGAGAUUACUGAUAUAUUAUUGGUGUGCAAACGAAAUUAUUGUCGAGAGUUCCAGAAUUUCUGUUUCGAUUUACAAUAGUUGUUGGUACGAACAACCUGAAGUUGUUAAGAAAUCUCUUCUUUUACUAAUGCAACGAUGUAACAAGCCUUGCACCUUGGAAAUCGGAAGUUUCGGCAUAAUGUCCCUCGAAACAUUUAUAUCUAUUAUGCGGGCGACAUAUUCUUUUAUAACACUCAUAUACAAUGUGAAUAAUGAGAAGUGAAUCAACGUCUCUACAUUUCUAAAGUUUCAAUUGUAACUUUUAUGCAAUUUUCAAUUAGUUAAUACACUAGUAGGUUUG